CAGGACAACUUUACAUCCAGAGCCAUGGGAAACAAACCCGGCAACACUCACCAAAGCUCCGACGACCAUAGCGUUGACAACCAUAGCGUUGACAACAGUAACUCCGGCAACAAAUUCGACAACAUCGGCAGCAUCGGCACAAUCAAUGUUUCAUCCCGAAGGCAACUCCAAAGCUCAAGAUGCUUGAUACCAGUCGAAAGCUCAACCAAAAGCUCAAUCGACAUCUCAAGCGAUGUGCAGCUGUUCCGGACUCUGAGCCGUGCAAACCCAUCGGGGAAUAUGUUUGUGUCUCCGCUGAGCAUCAGUACAGCUCUGGCUAUGGUCUACCUGGGAGCCAGAGGAGACACAGCUGAUCAAAUGGAAAAGGCCCUGUCAUUCAGUUCUGAUGAAGCCGUCCACGCCAAAUUCAAGAAGCUGAUCGAAGACAUCCACUCACCAUCGGUGUCAUACAUUCUGAAAAUAGCCAAUCGUCUGUAUGGGGAGCAAACCGCAAUGUUCCUACCUCGAUUCCUGGAAGCCAUGUGUGAGUACUUCCAUUCCGAACUGAAGAUUGUGGAUUUCAUCUGCGCCGCGGAGGCGAGCAGAGCGGAGAUCAACACCUGGGUCGAGCAGCAGACAGAAAAUAAAAUAAAAGAUCUCCUGAAACCGGGGACAGUCUCUGCAGGUACGAGGCUGGUUCUGGUCAAUGCCAUCUACUUGAAGGCAAACUGGAAGAACCUCUUUAACAAAGCAAACACCAAAGAGAUGCCCUUCAAAGUCAGCCAGACUGAGAGCAGAUCAGUCCAGAUGAUGAUCCAGAUUGAGAAGCUGCCCUACAACUACAUCCCUGAAUACGGUCUGCAGAUCCUUGAGCUGCCGUUUGUGGAGGAGGAGCUCAGCAUGUUCAUCCUGUUGCCUGAACAGUCCACAGACGGCUCCGACCCUCUGCUGAAGCUGGAGAUGGAGCUGACCCUGGAGAUGCUGAAUGAAUGGACUGACAGGAAAAACAUGGACGUCCAGUCAGACAUCCAUGUUCACCUGCCAAAGUUCAAGCUGGAGGAGGACUAUGACCUGAAGGAGCCUCUGUCCGAGCUGGGCAUGACAGACGUGUUCUGCCAGUCAAAGGCCGACCUGUCUGGAAUGAACGGUGAAGCAGGACUCUUCCUGUCUACGGUGAUUCACAAGGCCUUCAUGGAGGUGAACGAGGAGGGCACAGAGGCGGAUGGGGCCACAGCAGCCAUUAGAUUUGGUAGAUGUAUGUUGGGGGUGAAACCCUUCACAGCAGACCACCCUUUCCUCUUCUUCAUCAGGCACAAUCAAACCGGGGCCAUCUUCUUCCUCGGCAGGUUCGCGUCUCCUCAGUAGACAGAACCAGGAGAGGAAGAUAUUCAAAUGAAAGCUUAAUCCUUUCAAUCUGGGUUUUAUUUUUGGUGAUUUAUGCUAAUUAGCUUGGUUUUUUCUUCUGUUUUUGCACUGAAAUUAUAGAGGAAGAUAUUAAUUAAUGAAAAGGGCUUAAUCCUUUAAAUGUGGGCUUUAUUUUCUGGGAUUUAGGCUAUUUAGCUUGGUUUUUACACUGAAAUUAUAGAUGAAGAUAUUAAUUAAUAAAGCACAGUCUUGAUCCAACAAUGAUUUGUGUGUUGCUUUUGUAAAGACAAUUUCUGGGGUUUGUGUUUCACAUGUUAAGAAGCAGCAGGAGAUAGUCCGGGUUAGACUCGUUCUGUCCAGUAUUGAAUAUGGUUAAAAUGUUUCUAAUAAGUAAGGUAUUAAUGUGCAGUAUAUUUCCUGCUGUAAAAUAAUUACGUAACAUAUAAAACAAAGAUAAAGCAAAGAAAGAACAGUGAUGUUUGUAAUCAGAAAGUAUUCAUGCAGUUUAUAGAAGAAUUAAAAACAUAAAAGCAAUAGUAUAAAUUAGACUAAAGCCCACUUCAGAAAAGGUGGUCCAAAUGUUUUUGUGCUGUUUGUUAUUCACCACUGUGUCACUCUCAUUGUUUUAUGACCUGAAAAUACAUAUUAAAACAAAGAAGACGACAAAACAGUCCCAUGACUUCUGAUCUCCUAACUGUGUCAACU